UUAUACUAAACUGUGUCUUUGGAUGUAUUUCAAGUAAAGGAUAAAACACACUGGAACAUGCUGUUAGAGGAAAAUAAUCAACUGACAUGAAACAGGUACUGGUAUUACUCUGAAAUUUUUUUUUUUCUUCUCUAAAAUAUGUUGUAAGACAAGUUGUACUUUUUAUCCAUUUAUAGUUCCAUUUAAAAUUGGAAUGUCUGAAACAAAUUAGUUCCUGUUAUCACUUGUUAUAACCGAUCUAAACAGUCGUUCCCUCACCACCCUUUUUUUUUUUUUUUUUUUUUUUUGUUCUGUCUAUUGAAGUUAAUAAAACAAAAAUAUAGCUUGUUACAUUACUGAGAAACCAGAAAUGUCAAGGAACAGCUUUGCCUCUGAGUGUUAAAGUGCUAAUACUGGAAACUCCUUCCAAAAUUCUAACUAAACAUCUCUGCAUAGAAAACGUCACACAAGUCCAUGUGUAAUUUAAUAUAUAAGCGAUAACGUAUUAGAACGAGUGGAUUAAUAUCAACGUGAUUCGCUGUCUAUACUGCUGUUAUAGAAUAUCACCCCUUCUGUCCAAUCACAUUUGAGAAUUCAGCAGCGCUGUGGCAUAAAAUGGAAACGUGAAAGUAUUUGCUCAGUAUCUAGAGAUUAAAUAUGGGAAUGAGUUCAGUUCUACAAGCUUUCCACAUAAGGAGUAGAUCUAUUUUUAAAAUGUGGUGUAGCCUUCUUCCCAGCCUUGAGGCCUGGAUCCUCUUGUUUAUACUCUAAGGGGGGAAAAAAAAAAAAAAAAGUCUUUAACAUUUAAGUUUAAACUGAAGGAUUGAGAUGUAUUUGCUUGGAGCAAUAUUUCGUCACACACACACACACGCACACAUGGCAGUUCCCAGUAUGCACUACUGACCGUGAUGUCUAUGUUACUGAUUCAGUCUGCUUCACUUGAUUACUGGUUUAUUUUUGGUUGGUCUUGGUCACUUUGAUAUGGCCUCUACAAAGACCAUCUUAGCUUUGACAGUUUGUAUAAGGCUAUAAAUUUGAAAAAAAAAAAAAGCGUUCAAAACCUUCACUAAGACUUUGUGUUCAUGGUAUUUUUAUGAUGUAUCAAUCCCAUAUGUAACCAGAAGUAUGCAAUAUCAUAUUCGUGUAUAAGGUCAUGUAAAGUACAGGAGGGUGUCAGUGUCUGCUUCUAGUUGUUUGUGUAAAGAGAAAACUCUGCUUAGAGAGAUGUGCAUUUGAAAAUGCAUAAAAGGCUGUGUUGAGACCAGAUACCAGAUUCAUCAAAUACUCUGGAGACUAACUCGGCUUUGUUGCUUUUUUACGAUAAAGUCUCAUUUUUUGGCUCGGAGAAGUUCCACAACAUAAUCUCGUUUCUUUUCCUGGAAGAAUAGCUUAAAAUGCUUGUUUCUCAGACUUUUUUUUAUGGGUAAGAUUCUUUUAAAAUGUAAUCUAACACCAAAAACACAAGUGUAACACUGUGUCAGUGUAUGUUGGGGGAUUUUAGUGGUCCCUUUCAAUUAAUAUAUGCGGUAAAGGGGGCAAUUUGAUUAUAGCAAGAGUCAGUAACUAUAAAGUACCCCAUGGUUUAUGUGUUCACAGAGUGUAGGCAGUGAAGGAGGACCUAAUAAACCUGUCACUGAGUGUGUAUUUAACACUUUAAAGUACCUGUCCUCCUGUAGACAUGCCGUAUGGCAGUAUUUUCUUUUAAAUGCUUGGCUAAUGGGUAUGUAGCUGCAUGAAUACACAACCAACCCAAUCACAUAUGCACAUUUAAUUUCUUAAUAGAAAAUCCAAACAAAAUGGAAAACUGACUAAAUGAGCAAGGCUUCAGACCUUACUGCGCAUGCGCGUUUGUUAUAGCGGGGGUAUUUCCUAUUAGACUAAGAUGGCUACAAGCUUGUCACGUGACCUGUCGAAGCCCCAAACAAGGAGGAGCUAUAAGACGGAAACAAAACUAUCGCAGGUCGAUUUGGUUUCACCGGACUCACUGUGCGUUUAGGUUUGAGCUGCAAAAAAAAAAAAAAAGCUUGUGUCUUUGUUUUUCUGCACCGGAACAGUGAACGCAAACAUUUCUCGGUAGACACCGAACAGAAGAGAUGUGCAAUGAAAGCCAUUCAUAAAGGCGGGGAAACCCAACCGUUGGCCAUGAACAGCGAACUGAACGUUCCCGUGGCCUCGUCCACAGCCGGGGCGUCCGAUCGGCUCCAGGACGGAGGGGGGAUGGAUUAUCGGGACUGGGUCCGGCGCAGCUAUCUAGAGCUGGUGACCUCCAACCAUCACUCUGUGCAGGCGCUCUCCUGGAGGAAGCUCUACCUGAGCAGGGCCAAGCUCAAAGCGUCCAGCCGCACAUCGGCCUUGCUCUCCGGCUUCGCCAUGGUAGCCAUGGUGGAGGUGCAGCUGGAGGUGCAGUACAACUACCCGCGUGCUCUGCUGGUGGGCUUCAGCGUGUGCACCACGGUGCUGGUGGCCGUUCACCUGUUCGCGCUGCUCAUCAGCACGUGCAUCCUGCCCAACGUGGAGGCGGUGAGCAACAUCCACAACCUGAACUCGGUGUGCGAGUCGCCGCACGAGCGCAUGCACCACUACAUCGAGCUGGCCUGGGGCUUCUCUACGGCGCUCGGCAUCUUGCUCUUCCUCGCCGAGGUCGUGCUGCUCUGCUGGAUCAAGUUCCUGCCCGUGGACUCGGGGACGGUUCCUAAACAGGGGGCAGAGGGAGUGCCGGUGGCGACGGUGCCCGUUCCUGAGCCGGGCCACAGCGGCUGGCAGGCGGCACUCGCCUCCACCAUCAUCAUGGUGCCCGUGGGGCUCAUCUUCGUCAUAUUCACUGUGCACUUCUAUCGCUCGCUGGUGCGCCACAAGACCAAGCGCCACGACCAGGAGAUCGAGGAGCUGCACAAGAUCAAGGUGCAGCUGGACGGCCACGAGCGGGGCCUACAAGCCGUGUGAUCUUCAGGGAUUUUUUUUUUGGUUUGUUUUUGUUUUGUUUUUUGCUUCUUGCUUGCUUUUGCAGCACUCAAUCCAUACGCCUAUAUGCACCUUUAACUUUGCUCACUGUUGAAUUAUUUUCCUGCAUUUUUUUUUAAAGCAAAUGCAGCGAUUUUGGACAGCUUCUCGUGCGGCGUGUUUACAUUAUUGCAGCAAGGGCUAUUUUUUUUCUGCUUGUGUGGAUUUUUCCUAAUGGUUUAAGAGUUUCUAUCAGCUUCUGUUGCCAUGCUUAAAAUGCAAGACCAAAUUAGUGCUUUAUGCGAGUUCAUCUAUAUUUUACUCUUUGGUUCCCCUUUUGCUAGGUGUGUGGUGUUUAUACAGGGGUGGACAAAUCAUAAUUUCAUUACCUAACCCUCCGAGCAAGUAAAAGAUUGGCUGAAAAAUGAAUUGUCCAGACGGAAAAAUGGUAGCUAACGUAAUGGCAAACUAGCUAGUUAAGCGCAUUAAUACAGACUAAGAGAAACCAACGAGUUUAUAAUCGUGUAGCACAUCAUCUUUACUCCCUCAGUAAAGUCACUGGCCAACGCUUCAGCUACGAGAUCACAUUUUACUCGUGUGUCUCUCAGUAUGUUUAAAACCACGAUAACCUAACAUCCCCAAAAACAAGUGUUUGUCCUGAGCUACUGAUUUGUCCACCCCUGUUCCAUAUAGCCGUGCCAAAUUUGAUCCUAGAAUACGUACGAAUACACAAGAAGGCAGGAGGUGUCAUUACAGUAGGAAGGAAAGCUACGUAGGCUCACUGCCAAAGUAUGUCACAUAUGCAACAGUGAUAAAUCGCGUCUGUGUCCCGUCUGAGCUUCCAUUUUUUUUGCAAACGAUGUAGUGUUGCGUGAUUUUUAUUAUAUUAAUUAUACCGAAGAGUCAAGUGUCUUCACCCUUACAACCUGUAGAUUUUACAGUCCGUGUUUGUCUUUUGAAUAAAACUUUAAAGGACCAUUUAGUAAUUUAAUAUUAACUGAUACGCUAACAGUCUUAACCUCUUAACAGUUACAGCUCUGUAAAAAAAAAAGUGCACAUUUCAGUAUUUAUAAGCAGUCAGUUUUGAAGCACAAACCAGAGUCUUAGUGUAGUGGGGCUUUCAAAUGUGUGUGUAUGUAUAUAUAUGUGUAUGUGUCAGUUUGCUAGUUUGCGUUCCAGGUGGUUUACGUUAGGAAAUGGCUGAACAUUUGUGCCCAGCGUCCUUAUAUUAAUCGAACAGUCCGACAUUAACUUGGCGCUUUUACUUCAGAGAUGCAAGUGGACCGAACAACUUCGUCCAACAAGCUCAAGGCGCCUCUCUUCUGAACUUUUCAAUGCUGUUUACUUAAAAGGAAGACAUGAGGUCAACAUUCCAAAGUGUUCGGACCAACAACUGCCUGCCUUAUCUCAAAUACAAGACAUGAAAGUGCACUUGUAGUGUAAUGGACACGAGUAGUCGGAUUCAUAAAACAUGAUCACGACACGUCAAGCUGUGGUCCAACUUUUAGGUCUAAUGGAAAUACGUGUGUCAUUCGAUUGUCGGAAUGUUACUGUUGGGUUGUGUAUCAGUGCACAGACUAAUAUUUAUGUACCAUAUCCAUUGAUAUUAAAACUCUAGGACUGUACACUUCACGUGGUGUCCACGUUUUGCCGACGAAGAAAAACCCCUGACCAAAAUAAACAUCAGUAAACAUCACAAAAUAAAAAUCUUAUGGACUUUAUAAAGCAUUUCAAUCUGCAUGGGCAACGUGUCACAUGAUUUUGUGAUGAUGGACAACCUGCCCAAGUGGACGCACACUCUUCUUGUGCACAAUCUAUAACCAAGAGAAAUGUCCUGUCACAUUGCAUGUCUGUUUUACAUUCAGUCAACAGCCUUGUAUGUUAAUUUAUGCCAAAUAAACACCUUAUUUUGUUUACUUUCA